GGCCUUCUGUCGCCAGUGCGAAGCCUUCCUGAGUUGGAGGAUUCACUAUUUCCUGGUUUGGGCCGGCAGCCAUUUUGGGGUUACAGAGAGCUCGGGCUUACGGCGGCUGUGCUGGUAUUUGGGGGGUAGUUCCUGGGCUGCUGGGGGGAAGAAUUAGUUCUUAUCAUUAGAUAGUAGGUUUGUCUCUGGAACCUUCUGUGGAGCUCCGGUCCGCCGCUUUACUUUCCAUUCGUCCCCUGGACCCGGGUUUGCUUGGCGAGGCGGAGGGUCUCCGGUGUUCGGUGUGUUGUGAUUCUGCAGACGCGGUGGAGAGAACAGUGACAUGUCCAGCAUGAAUCCCGAGUAUGACUAUUUAUUCAAAUUGCUUCUGAUUGGAGACUCCGGUGUGGGGAAAUCUUGCCUUUUGCUUAGGUUUGCAGAUGACACAUACACAGAAAGUUACAUCAGCACAAUUGGUGUGGAUUUUAAAAUCAGGACUAUAGAAUUAGAUGGGAAAACAAUUAAACUUCAGAUAUGGGAUACAGCCGGCCAAGAAAGAUUUCGAACUAUCACAUCCAGUUACUACAGAGGCGCUCACGGCAUCAUCGUUGUGUAUGACGUUACAGAUCAGGAAUCAUUCAACAAUGUAAAGCAGUGGCUUCAGGAGAUAGAUCGUUAUGCCAGUGAAAAUGUUAACAAGUUGUUGGUAGGGAACAAAUGUGACUUGACUACAAAGAAGGUAGUGGACUACACAACAGCGAAGGAAUUUGCAGACUCUCUGGGAAUUCCAUUCUUGGAAACAAGUGCGAAGAAUGCGACGAACGUAGAGCAGGCCUUUAUGACAAUGGCUGCCGAGAUCAAAAAGCGAAUGGGUCCUGGAGCUACAUCUGGUGGCGCAGAGAAGUCCAACGUCAAAAUCCAGAGCACUCCAGUCAAGCAGUCCAGCGGAGGUUGCUGCUAAAACGGCCUGCCCCCUAAAUCGCCCCAUUCCCUCCUCACAGCAGUGAAAUCUCAAUCUGAACCUAAGUGACAAAACAAAAUUGCCUGAAUUGUACUGUAUGUAGCCGCACUACAACAGAAUCUUACCGUCUCCCCAAAGGUCAGCGAUUGUAAACGCUCAAUGCUGACUUUUUUUAUGCCCUUGACUCAAGACAGCUAACUUCAUUUUCAGAACUGUUUUAAACCUUCCCCCCUUCCUCUGUGUGCCGGUUUCUCAAUACUGUGUGUAACCCUUGUUGCUUUACUAAUACCAGAAGCCCCAUCCUUGUGGUUGGUUAAAUGACCCCCUUCCCCCUCCCACUUUUUUUUUUAUGUUUCAAUUGGCAUGUUUAGGAGUCAGGUUUAGUCUUCUGAAGAUGAAGUUCAGCCAUUUUGUAUCAAACCGCACAACAGUGUCUGUCGGUUUCCAUGCAUCAAUAAAGUUUAGUGAGAUGUUAUAUGUAAGAUCUGAUUUUGCUAGUUCUUUUCUUGUAGAGUUAUAAAUGGAAAGAUUACACUUAUCUGAUUGGCCUCAUUGGUUGUCGGAAGAGCCUGCAGCACGACGUGCCACAGGCCCCUUCAGCAACAGAAGCGAGACUAGUUUCUUCAUACUCUGCAUAUAAUUUGUGGCUGCAGAACAUUGUGAUUUGUUGCACAACAUGUAACAAAUAACUGAAGAAAUGUUUAAUAAAUAUUGUACGUAUUGGAAGUAAUAUCAAACCGUAUGGUGAUAAGUAUUGUCUUAAUUUGUCUAGAAAUGGGGGGAAAAAAAUGAAGGCAUUUUAUUAUUAUUUUUUCUUGACCAACACUGCCCUGCAUGUAAUGAAAGUUUAUGUAUGGGUACUCUUAUACCAAACUAACAAGUGCUUAACUAACCCAAUCAACGGCAACCACUAUAUUGCGUCACUUGUCUGUUUAGUAAUGUUGAAUGAGUAGGUGACUUAGAGAAUUGUACAAGUGGGAGAAAUGUCUUGGUUUGAAUGUGCAGUGUUUGCCCUAAUGUAAUCAGGAAUACAUUUUCCUUAGCUCUCUCCUUCCGGUUUUUAGAUUCUGCAGAGGUGUACAGCAGUGCAAGUGUGACGGUGAUGUGAUUUUGCCAUAAACUUUAUAUACUUUGUUCCAUUUUCCCACUAAAGUGCACCUGUUUUUGUGUACAUGGAGGACAUCCAAUAUUUAUCCGCAAGACCUCACAAGAUGGCAGCUUCCUGUGCAUGGGACAGGUCCACUUUAUUCAUUUGUUUUCACUGUAAGCUCAUCCCCCAAUGACAUGUCACUUAAGUCCUAGGCUCGAACGGCAAAUGUAAGGAGUGUAAACAAUACAAGCUAUAUAAAACAGAAAGCUCGCACAUGGGGGGGAAAAAAGAAUAGCCGCAUUAAAAAAAAAAUACAUGACUUAUAUUUAACAGUGGUUUGAAAGAUGAAUCAGUCUUGUUGAUUGUAUAUAGCAAUUAAACGUCUGUGGAUGGCUUAUAAGUCUGCUAACUUAUGCUACCUAUACAGGUUGAAAUUUGGAAGCCUGUGUGUGUCUUAAUAAUAAUAAAACUUGUUAACACUGAA